CUGAGGCGUACCUUUACUGCCAAACAAACAAAUCUCUUACAGGGAUAGUGUGCACCCAUUAGUUGACAUUGGAGCACAGGGGGACUUUUUCUGAUCUGGUUUAAAAAUCGAAUAAUUUCCUGUACAGGAGGUGCACAAUUUUUGAACAAGACUUGAUCAAGGUAAAGUGGAUGUCUGCCCUUUUCAGGCUGCCGUGUCGCGGGUGUAACUCACGUGUCAGCUGUCGAUCCUUCAUGAACAUUUUGGAUUGGGGAAGUUAUGCCACAUGGAGAUGAAGACAAAGUCAUGGAAGCAUCCAGGAUUUACACUUGUGGAUCUUUAUUCCGACAAAUGUUUACCGCCUCUGUCAGGAUGAAGAGGACAGGUCCACGUGUCAGACAUCUACACUGGUGGCAGAUCCUGCUGGUCUUACUGGCAGCUCCAUCUUCCUGUAUUGACACCUCUGCUGCUCUUUCCCUUCCUACACCUCCUCCGAAUACUUCAGCAUUAUACUACCAUGUGUAUGUCACUGUGGAUGUCACUGGACCGCCGAAGACAGAACCAGAAAUUCAGCACUGGGUUAGCCAAGUGUUUGGAAACAAGCUGGAGAACUGUUUGUCUCCAAGUCCAACAGAAACAAUUACCUCCCUACCAAAAACUUCAUCUGCAAGCACAUCAGAUGGGACGACCCUCAUGACGACGGCGACGACAGCGACGACAACGUUACAAAGCAACUGGACAACCGCCGCAGCGGCGACAACGUUACAAAGCAACAGAACAACCGCUGCAGCGACGACAACGUUACAAAGCAAUGGAACAACCACUGCAGCAGCGACAACGUUACAAGGCAACAGAACAACCGCUGCAGCGGCAACAACGUUACAAAGCAACAGAACAACCGCUGCAGCGGCGACAACGUUACAAAGCAACAGAACAACCGCUGCAGCGGCGACAACGUUACAAAGCAACAGAACAACCGCUGCAGCGGCAACAACGUUACAAAGCAACAGAACAACCGCUGCAGCGGCGACAACGUUAAAAAACAACAGAACAACCGGUGCAGCGGCGACGACGUUGCAAAGCAACAGAACAACCGCUGCAGCGGCGACAACGUUACAAAGCAACAGAACAACCGCUGCAGCGGCGACAAGGUUACAAAGCAACAGAACAACCGCUGCAGCGGCGACAACGUUACAAAGCAACAGAACAACCGCUGCAGCGGCAACAACGUUACAAAGCAACAGAACAACCGCUGCAGCGGCGACAACGUUAAAAAACAACAGAACAACCGGUGCAGCGGCGACGACGUUGCAAAGCAACAGAACAACCGCUGCAGCGGCGACAACGUUACAAAGCAACAGAACAACCGCUGCAGCGGCGACAAGGUUACAAAGCAACAGAACAACCGCUGCAGCGGCGACAAGGUUACAAAGCAACAGAACAAUGGCUGCAGCGGCGACAAGGUUACAAAGCAACAGAACAACCGCUGCAGCGGCGACAAGGUUACAAAGCAACAGAACAACCGCUGCAGCGGCGACAAGGUUACAAAGCAACAGAACAGACACAGCUACAACUACUCAAUCCACCACAGGGGCCCUGACACAGAGCAACAGUCCGCCACCUACUGUACCUGACAACAGCACAGUCCCCUCCAAGAAAGUACCAUUGGGGAACGAAGACUUCAGGGGCUCCAACAAGAAGCGGGUAGCUCGUGAAAUCAGUGCCAGUGUGACAUCAGCCAGUGAGCUCAACGCAACAAAUGGCCUCAUUCAAGGAAUUGAGGUUUCAUGCGACAGAAAGACUGAAAUAAACCACACACAGUGUGUUGUGCUGCUGCAGCUGACGCAGACUGUGCCUCCGUGUUGCAUCCUCCGCACUCUGUGUGCGGCCAGUAAAGCUUCCCGAGAUAUCCAUGUGGUGGGAAAUUCAGCAGACAUAAUAGGUCGGCUAGAUGACUGCAGCAGCACAUUACAGGAGAAGGGCAGUUGCACCUACGAGGGUCCAGCCAGUUCGUCAUGUGAGGUCUCCGGGGCUGCAUAUGUGCAAAGUCACACGAACUUAACUAACUGUAGUCAAGAUGUGGAGAAAAAAAACUGCAGCUGCUCUGCUUACUGCAACAGAACUGAUGCAUAUUACACUUUUGAAAUGUCAGUGCAGGUUCCCCAGAUGAACGCGUCAUAUGUCUUGUCCCUGAUUUCUAAGAUAAAAGCACCAAUUUGCUCUCCAAGCACAAAUAUUUCAUGUCCAUUGUCCACCGUUGCAUCAGAAUACAAGGAUGUGAAUGUGACCUGUACAAGCACAGCAACAAAUCGUCAGAGCUGCAGAGUGAUUUUAGGCUUCGCCCGUGAGGUUCCUAUCUGUAAUGUGUCGGCAGCUGUGAUCAGUGUGUUUCAGUCUGAUGAACGGAUCCAUUUUAAUGGACUGGUGAUGCGAGCAGCAAUAUGUGGAAAUUCAAAUGAGAGCGGCAAGCCAAUGACUUCCGCGUUCACAUGGUAUAAGAGUAACCUUACGCCUGCUGAGUUUUGCACGACGACAGAAACGCCGAACAUCUUCGCCUGUCGAAAUGGAAGUAAUGUGGCUGUAGAGCUGGAUGAACAGUGUAUUCUGACGCUGUUUACGACAGCCAGCCCAAACGUGACGACCAUGCAACCAAACGCCUCCAGCACCACCGCGUCUGUCAACGUGACAUCAUCCCCACUGAACACAACGGCCGAACCCCUCAACGCCACAACCACUGGCGCCAAUGUCACGGUGACGGCAACAGUCAACGCAACCACAACCUCAGCAACAGCUGAAGGCCAAGCCAACGCGCUCCUCGAGCUGACCAGAGAUGUGUCCAAACUGAACUCCAGCCAGGUGGACCAGCUGGUGUCCCAGCUGGAGAAUCUUCUGUCAGGCCCAAACGUCAGCCUGGCUCUGGGAAACACCUCCGUCCAAAUUGUCAGCAAUCUGCUCGAUGCUUCUUCUGAGACGCUGGCCAACUCCGCCAGCAGGAUCGUAGGGAUCGUUGAUACAGUGGGGUUGAAGCUGGUCCUUGACAAAGAGGCGGUGACGCUCCUGUCCUUGUCUGUGGCUUUGUCUGUGAAACCAGAAGAUGGCAGCAACUUUCAGGAAAUCUUUUUUUCCAUCUCAGACCCCAGUAAUGUACAGGUCCGUGGGGAUCCCAGGCAGAGGAGGAGCGUGAGAGCAGACUCUUCCAUCCCUCAGGGCUCCAUCAGGCUGCCUCCCUCUAUCACACAGGACCUGACCCCAGAGCAGCAGCUGCUGGCCUCACGAGUCCAGUUCAACUUCUACCAGAAGAGCACAGUGUUCCAGGACCGAUCUUUGGGACAACGCAAACUUAACAGUGGCAUCCUGGGAGCAAGUGUGGCCAACCUGUCAAUCUCAGGACUGAAGGACGAUGUUGUGAUUCACCUGAGGAACAAAGAACCGAUUCCAGAUGGUUUUGUGACUACGUGUGUUUUCUGGGACGUUACAUUUAAUAACGGGUCAGGUGGUUGGAAUCCUAAUGGCUGUUCUGUCCAGAACAGCACAGACAAUAUGACGAUUUGUGGCUGCAACCAUUUAACCAGUUUUGCUAUCCUACUGGACCUCUCCAGAGAGUCUGUAACCAGUGCUCUCCAGGCCACCAUCCUUACCUUCAUCACGUAUAUUGGCUGUGGAAUCUCUGCCAUCUUCCUGUCUAUCACCCUCCUCACCUACUUGGCCUUUGGGAAGUUGCGUAAGGACAUUCCAUCCAAGAUCCUGAUCCAGCUGUGUCUGGCUCUGCUGUUGCUGAACUUCGUCUUCCUGGUCGAUGCUUGGCUGGCGCUCUACCCGGACGCCAUUGGCCUCUGCAUCUCCACUGCCUGGUUCCUUCACUACUUCCUACUGGUCUCCUUCACCUGGAUGGGAUUGGAGGCCGUUCACAUGUACCUGGCCCUGGUGAAAGUCUUCAACAGCCACAUUUCGCACUACAUGCUGAGGUUCUCACUGGUCGGAUGGGGCGUCCCGAUGCUUGUGGUCAUUAUAGUCAUCGCCAUCGACAAGGAUAACUAUGGUAUUGUCUCCUACGGAAAGUUUGCAGAUGGCACUACUGAUGACUUCUGCUGGCUGAAGAAUGACAUUGCCUUCUACGUGGCGGUGGUGGCCUAUUUCUGCGCAGUUUUUGUCUUCAACCUCGUCAUGUUCGUCGUGGUGUUGGUCCAGCUGUGUCGGAUAAAGAGGCAGAACCCUCACAACGCGCAGCACCGCACCACACUUCAGGAUGUGCGCAGUGUGCUGGGGAUAACAAUCCUCCUAGGCCUCACGUGGGGCUUUGCCUUUUUCGCCUGGGGGCCUGUGAAUCUGGCGUUCAUGUACCUCUUUGCCAUCUUUAACUCCUUGCAAGGUUUCUUCAUAUUUGUGUUCCAUUGUGCGGUGAAGGAAAAUGUGAGGAGGCAGUGGAGGAUCUACCUGUGCUGCGGCAGAAUGCGACUAGCAGAGAAUUCAGAAUGGAGUCGCACUGCGACACAGAAGAAUGUGAAGCAGCAGUCCUCAGUGACCCAACUGACGUCUCUUAACUCAUCAACGUCCUCCCAGUCCAACAACUCAUCCAGAGCUUCUCUUGUCAAUGACCCUCCAGAGCAGACUAAUGGCAUAGGCAGCCCAUUCGAAGACAGAACAAUCACAGCUGAGGAAGACCCAAACAUGGAUGUGGUCCUCAACGAGAUCAACAGGGAAUACAGAACCCGACCAGAAGUCCCCUGAUCCAGAAGAAGGAAAGAACAGUGUUUAAUGGCUCUUAUAUAUAUAUAUAAAUAAAUGUAUAUAAUGUAAAUUAAUUGAGUAAUAUAUGUACCAUAUGAUUAAAUUUAAGUUAUGCUUAA